UGAGCGUGAAGUUCGUUGAGCAAGAGAAGCAUGGCGGCAUUGUUACGUUAUUCGACGAGGUUGAUUCGACCUCUAAGUAAAAUACGCUCGGGUCAUCGGCUUCCCUUGUCAGCAGCGUUUAUAUCGACGUCCCCUAAAAAUAAAGAUGUUAUUACAUCUUUGGAUCCCAUGAUAAGAGAAAAAACUCCUGAAAUUAAGGGACUUGAGAAACAUUUCGAAAAUAUUGAUGAAAGCGACGACAAGAACUGGAUUACCUAUGGUUAUGAUUUUGUUGAUAAAGACCUGGAUCGUUUUAUCCACAACAUGACCAUGUUUCUCUCAAUAACGCUAUGUCUUGUGGGCGGAACCUUUUUGCUAGCAUAUCUACCUGAUCGGAGGUUGACAGAAUGGUCUCUACGAGAAGCUUACCUGGAGCUAGAUCGCAGGGAACGUGAUGGUCUUGAUUUAAUAUCACCUGACCUCUUACCACCUGAAAGUAUAGAACUGCCGCCAGAUGAUGAAAUAACUCAAGAAAUCAUAAUUUAACAUUGUUCAGCUGAAGGAGACAUAAAUGAUGAAGGAACGAGAGAGUAUAGACAUAUAUGUGGUGACAGAAUGUCCCUUUACUCUCAGGAUUAGUUAAGACUGUGUAAGCGAUGUCAGACAUGUUAGCUGGAACGUUGUGUUUUUUUGUUUAUUUUUU